CGCUAUGAUUUAGAUGAUCUAGAUGUUUGCUGGUUAGACACAAUCAAUAUGGAACGUGAAGAAAUGAGUCUAUCUUUGAUACAUGAAUGGAUUAUGGAAAGAAUAUUUGAAGAGCUUGAAACACAGUGUCAUAAAGGUAUGAAUGAUAUGAUUAAAUCAGAAGAAGGGUUUGGUAUAGAAUAUGAUGAAGAUGUAGUGUGUGAUGUCUGUCGUUCUCCUGAUAGUGAAGAUGGUAAUGAAAUGGUAUUUUGUGAUAACUGUGAUAUUUGUGUACAUCAGGCUUGUUAUGGUAUACAGACAAUACCUGAAGGAAGCUACUUAUGUCGAGCCUGUGCACUAGGUGUUAAACCUACAUGUCUAUUAUGUCCCAAUGUUAAAGGUGCCAUGAAAAGUACAAGGAGUGGAACUAAAUGGGCACAUGUAAGUUGUUCUAUAUGGAUACCUGAAGUUAGUAUAGGCUGUGUUGAAAAAAUGGAGCCAAUUACUAAAAUAUCACUUAUACCAGCCAGUAGAUGGACAUUAGUUUGUUGUUUAUGUAAAGAAAGAUAUGGAGCGUGUAUACAAUGUUCAGUUAAAACAUGUAAAACAGCCUUUCAUGUGACGUGUGGUUUUAAUAAUGGUAUGGAUAUGAAGACUAUAUUAGAUCCAGCAGAAAAAGAUGGUGUCAAAUUAAGGGCAUAUUGUCCAAAACAUACUAAAAAUGGUGGACAGAUAGAGAGUGAGUCUCCAUCUUCACCAAAAUCACCAAGAUCUCCACGCUCACCAAGAUCACCACGCUCACCACGUAAAGAUGACUCACCGAGGAAAGAAAUAACAAAAGAAAUUGAAGAAGAAUUUAGUAGGUUUGUUAAUACAGAAGAAGCAGCAAAAACUUUACAAGUUGAUGAAGAUAUUGUAGAUAUUGUCAAGGCUUACUGGAAACUAAAACGAAUGGCAAAUUUUAAUCGCCCAUUAUUGAUGCCAAAAACAGAAGAAGCAGAUAGAUUAGAGAAACAACAGGAAGAUAGUUUAGUUGCUAGAAUGAAAAUGUUUGUCCAUUUACGUCAAGAUCUAGAGAGGGUGAGAAAUCUAUGUUAUAUGGUAAACAGAAGAGAGAAAAUGAAACGACAAGUUAUCAGAAUUCAAGAGAAAGUAUUC